GUCCAAGUUCACAUGUACCCUGGCAACUGAACUAGUAGGGAGAGUGGCGUGAAAGCCCAUUGUCGCUUUGCAGUGCAUGCAGCUUGUGGCUCGAGCUUGUGGCGCCCACCAGUUUCGCCUUGUGAGCGGAGCCAAAAUGUAAAUGAAAGCAUACUAUUGCAGGGGUGAUCAUAAAGUAAGAACCCUUUGGUGCGUCUUCUUGCGCUUCCAGCUAUAGUAAUAGUGAAGCCUGCACGUCGCUCGUCUGUCGCAUCAAGGUGAAAGUCUCAUCAGCUCGUGUUCAAAGCCUGGAACCUUCACAAGGAUAUGAAAGGCAAUGCUGGUCGCAAUUGUUAGUCUUUGGUCUGUGUCGGUGAUUGGGAGAAAUGGCACAAGGAGCUUACCAGCUUGCUCAAUCUUACAUCCAUAACUCGACCACGUGGGGUCGAUCGCUCAAAGGGCAGACCACCUUUGGGCUGCUAGAUCCAAGCCAUCAAACAUGUCUUCAAUUAGGGUUUGGCAAUCGGUUACCCGUGCCAAUACAUAGUCAUCGGCAAAUUCUCCUUUCUCAAUGCAUGCAAACGAUUACAGCGUUUGGAAAAGAAUGCAGAGGCUCUAAUGGAACGCAGAAAAGUCUGUGGGUUGAAAGCGGAAGAAAAAAAGGGGCGGUGAAAACCAGCGCGUUGGGUUCAGACGUGGGGGCGGAAGCAGGAGUGUCGAGGCCCCCAUGCAAGAGCAAUCUGGGUUGCUUUCUGGGCAGCGAUGUGGAAAGCGAUGAUGAAUCGAGUAUCCCCCGUCCGCCCCGACCUUCCCCGUCCCCGCCAGUUCCGCAGAACCAGGGCUUUCUUCAACACCGACUGUGGCAAGACAUGACAACCGAGGACUUCAAAAACUUCGAGGACAUUGAGAACGUGGUGGCCAUUCUACCGGUAGCUGCGAUCGAACAGCACGGGCCGCAUCUCCCGGUCUGCACGGACGCCUGCAUAAACGAGGGCGUCCUGAGGCGAGCCCUCGAGCUGUUACCCCAGAACGUCCCCACUCUAGUUCUUCCCGCCAUGCCCAUUGGCAAAUCCAACGAGCACCUCGCCUUCCCCGGCACGCUUUCCCUCAGCGCAGCAACGCUGACCGCCCUUUGGACAGACAUUGGACAGUCCGUGGCGAAAGCUGGCGUCCGAAAACUGGUCCUUUUCAACUCGCACGGCGGUCAGCCCCAGAUAAUGGACAUAGUCGCCCGCGAGCUGCGCAUCCGCUGCAACAUGUUCGUGGUGACUUUGAGUUGGUUCAGUUUCGGCACGCCGGAGGGCCUCUUUCCGAAGCACGAGAUCCGGCAUGGGAUCCAUGGGGGCGCCGUCGAGACGUCCAUGAUGAUGCAUCUGCGGCCGGACCUAGUUAAGCACGACAAGUGCCGCAACUUCGAAUCGCUGACCUCCAAGAUGGAGAACGAGGGGUACCGACGAUUGCAAGCGGAGGGGGGCGUCGGGUUCGGUUGGCAAAUGCAAGACCUACACGAGUCGGGUGCGGCAGGGGACGCCACAAAUGCGGACGCCGAGAGGGGAGAAGAGUUGGUGGAAUUUGCCGCGGAGCGGCUAGUAGAGUUGCUGGGCGAGGUUCACCGUUACCCGUUGAGUAACAUCAGGUCGAGAGAUGGCGUUGCGGAGGCGUUGGAACUGGCUUCGAGUCACAACGGGAGGUGGCGGCCGAACGGAUGACGGAUGUGUUGCGAGGAGUUGGCGCGUUCGCUUAAGUUGACAUUACAAUCGAAUCAGGACCGCUUGAUUGGGCAGAUUGCCCCCCAAUGGAUCCAGCUUUCAGUGUACAGUAGUAAAGAGGUCAACGGGAUCCUCUCUGGUUGGCUUUUGCCAGCGUUUGGUCCUUCUGUCAAUCAAGCCUCACGAGAAGAAGUGCGGCUGGCCAGCAGUGCCGCAUGCGCAAUAUACAGUUAUUGUACCUCAAUUGAAAACAUAUAUCAAUUAAGCGUUUACCAUCAAUGUUUACG